AUGAUUGGGACGACAGCCCAGGCCCGGGGAUAUACUCGCUACCCCAAGUACGUGCGCGAAGAUGAGGAUCUUGGUCGCCUGCCCCAAGAAUCCGUUCAGUCAACGGAGCUAUUCUUGGGUGCCAUGGCUGGGGGCACCAGCUCCCUGCCGACGUCUCCGGCGGGUGGGAUCACUUCUUUCGCGAUCAUGUUCAGCAGCCUCCUUUUGGACAAUAACAGUCUGAACUGGUGGUUCCCCUUCCUGUUCCAUUUAGCUUACGUAGUCCUAAGCCCCCAGGCCCGGGGAUAUACUCGCUACCCCAAGUACGUGCGCGAAGAUGAGGAUCUCGGUCGCCUGCCCCAAGAAUCCGUUCAGUCAACGGAGCUAUUCUUGGGUGCCAUGGCUGGGGGCACCAGCUCCCUGCCGACGUCUCCGGCGGGUGGGAUCACUUCUUUCGCGAUCAUGUUCAGCAGCCUCCUUUUGGACAAUAACAGUCUGAACUGGUGGUUCCCCUUCCUGUUCCAUUUAGCUUACGUAGUCCUAAGCCGUGCCAGAUCGAGA